AUGGCGCAGCCGCUGGUGCAGACAAUCCAUCGGGAUACCUCCCUAUUUUGGUGGAUCUUGUUGCCCAUCACGGUGGUCAUGGUCCUCACAGGCGUCCUCCGACACUAUGCGAUGGUGCUGCUGCAAACAACCCCCAAAAAGCAGACUCUUCCGAAACUGCGCGAGCACCGCUCACUCAUGCGCGGCGUCAACUUGCGUUCCAACAGCAAUGUCCUGUCCCCGUCGUCGUUCCAGAGCCGGAAGAGUUACCUCGUAUCUGCCUUCAAGGACGGUGCCUUCCUUGCCGAUCCUGAAGCCAGAGGAAAGCCUAGACCCAACCCAAUGAGCGACCCCGCAGCAAUGGAGGGCAUGAUGGGCGCAAUGAAGGGCAACGUGGCCAUGAUGGUUCCGCAGACACUGAUCAUGGGAUGGAUCAAUGCUUUCUUCUCAGGAUUCGUCAUCUUGAAGCUGCCCUUCCCGUUGACGCCGCAGUUCAAGUCGAUGCUCCAAUCGGGCGUGGGUACACGCGACCUUGACGUGCAAUGGGUGUCGAGCUUGUCGUGGUACUUCCUGACACUCUUUGGACUGCAGCCCGUCUACAACUUCAUUCUGGGCAGCAACAACGCUGCAAGCCAAGUGACGCAGCAGAUGGCGCAGAUGAACCCUGCGGGGAUGAUGGGCCCAGACCAGGACCCGGACAAGCUGUUUCAAAACGAGGCGGAGAACCUCGAGGUGGUGGACCACUAUUGGAUCCUCGAGGGCGUCGAGGAGCGGCUGCUGGCGAAGUUGACCUGA